GAGGCAGGAAUAUCAACAGAGAGAGAAGCUGAGAAGGGGACCUGCUCAGGGUUUUUGGCAUGCUCAGGGUCAAUUUCCAGUUCACUGGGGUUGUACUCACAAUUGUAAGUUAGUUGUCUUUUAAGAUUGUCUUGGGAGACUUAUUUGCAUGCAGCGCUUAGUUACUGUCACGGCUUCUCUGUUUUGUCAAGCUCCCACGCAGACUCGGUGGUCCUGAGGGGUGAAUUCUCCGGCUAGCAGGCCUUUGGGCCCUCUCAACUGUCUCACCCAAGGAAGGUUCUUUCCCCCUCCCUCCCCAACAGGCUUUAACUCUUGACCUGUGUUGACCCUGCAAGUUGAGGCCUUCCUCAGAUGUGUCCAGGAAAAAUGUUUUGCGUCCUGUCACAGUUCCUCGCAGACGUUACAAGCACUAGGUGACACCCGGGCAGGAGCCUCGGUCAGUCUCAACACAACUGCCAGCGCAUGGUCCCCAUUUUACAGACAGGAGCACUGAGGCUCCGCUCGGGUCUAAUAAACGAGCUCAAGGUCACAAGCGGACAGAGCUGGGAGAAACGCUACCUCCAGAUCCAGAAAGCAAAUAGUGGAUUAAGAAAUAUUGGCCGGAUCACUUCCGGAGACUUCCGGAUAACAAAGCAUUGCCUCGGGAAAACUUGGGAGCCUUGCAUCUAAGGGACAAUGGAGCUCACUCUAAACCCUGCUCCCAAACGGACCCUGGCCCGGCAGGCAGGCAGGCAGAGGGAAGUAAGCUAUUGAGGGGUAGGGUUUCUCCUGGCACGGGCACCGCACGCGCUUUCGCCUUUCCUAUUUAUCUUACAGGAGAGGACAUGAGCACUCAGAGAUGUUCACCAACUUGCCCAAGGUCACCCAGGAGCCGGCAGUGAGCCCAGGACAGCGAUCGUUCCAGGAAGGCGCGGGCCGGCCAGCCCCGGGGGGUGAGGUCCUUCCCGCCCGCGUCCGCGCCCACUCCCUGUGCGCCGGGCCGCGCCCCCGCCGCUCCCCGCGCCCGGUGGGGGCGACUGCGGGGACCGCCCAGGGGACCGACCAGGUUGGGGGCUGUUGAGUCCAAGGGGCCAGGCUCGACCGGCCGGGGAAGACGACGAUGCACGGCGCGCCCAGGACCCUGUGGGUACUGAAAUCCAACUCACCCAUGCCUAUUUCCUGUAAUGGACGAACUUGAUGCUAAUGUGAGUUCCAAGGAGGGUUUCCGGUCAGUGGAGAAGGUCGUGCUGCUCACGUUUCUCUCCACGGUUAUCCUGAUGGCCAUCUUGGGGAACCUUCUGGUGAUGGUGGCCGUGUGCAGGGACCGGCAGCUCAGGAAAAUAAAAACCAACUAUUUCAUUGUCUCUCUUGCCUUUGCGGAUCUGCUGGUCUCCGUGCUGGUGAUGCCCUUCGGUGCCAUUGAGCUGGUUCAGGACAUCUGGAUUUACGGGGAGAUGUUUUGCCUCGUCCGGACUUCUCUAGACGUCCUGCUCACCACGGCAUCAAUUUUUCACCUGUGCUGCAUUUCUCUGGACAGGUAUUAUGCCAUCUGCUGCCAGCCUUUGGUCUAUAGGAACAAGAUGACCCCUCUGCGCAUCGCAUUAAUGCUGGGAGGCUGCUGGGUCAUCCCCAUGUUUAUCUCUUUUCUUCCUAUAAUGCAAGGCUGGAACAACAUUGGCAUAAUUGAUUUGGAAGGAAUACCCAAACCAAGGCUGGGCGAGGAUUUGCAUGUGAUAGAAAAAAGGAAGUUCCCUCAGAACUCUAACUCCACGUACUGUAUCUUCAUGGUCAACAAGCCCUACGCCAUCACUUGUUCCGUGGUAGCCUUCUACAUCCCGUUUCUCCUCAUGGUGCUGGCCUAUUACCGCAUCUAUGUCACAGCCAAGGAGCACGCCCACCAGAUCCAGAUGCUACAACGGGCAGGAGCCCCCUCGGAGGGCAGGCCCCAGCCGACAGACCAGCAUAGCACUCACCGCAUGAGGACAGAGACCAAAGCAGCCAAGACCCUGUGCAUCAUCAUGGGUUGCUUCUGCCUCUGCUGGGCCCCCUUCUUUGUCACCAAUAUUGUGGAUCCGUUCGUAGACUACACGGUCCCUGGGAAGGUGUGGACAGCUUUCCUCUGGCUCGGCUAUAUCAAUUCUGGAUUGAACCCCUUCCUCUACGCUUUCUUGAAUAAGUCUUUUCGACGUGCCUUUCUCAUCAUCCUCUGCUGUGAUGAUGAGCGCUACCGAAGACCUUCCAUUCUGGGCCAGACUGUCCCCUGUUCAACCACAACCAUUAAUGGGUCCACACACGUGCUAAGGUACACAGUUCUGCACAGCAGGCAUCACCAGGAACUCGAGAAACUGCCCAUACACACUGACCCAGAAUCCCUGGAAUCAUGCUUCUGAUUGAGGACCUGGCUCACAGCUAAGCCAUUCAUUCCCAUUUGUGUCUGCAUGAACAGGACACCCUGGCACCUCUCCUGACGCUCACCACCACCAGUGAGGUAUGAGAAAGGGGGCCCAGGGCCCAGGGCAGGUCAUGGAGGACCGUCCGUGUUGGACAGGCCCUGAGACCAGAAUGUGGAGGAUCACAGAGUUGAGAAGGGAUUUCGUCCGAUCCAGCAUCGCACCCAACGCAGGAGUAGCAUUCUUCACAGCAUCCCUGGAAGUUGGUCAAUCUCUGCUUGCACACCUCCAGGGACAGGAGCUCACUACCUCCUAAUGCAGUCCCUUCUGCCGUAGGGAAGCUCUAAUUAAAGGAAGUUUUUUAGAGAGCUCUCAACUCUAUCACUGUUCCAAUGGGGCCAUGCAGUUGGCCACCUCUUCCUCUUAAGAACCCUUAGCUGUUAGGAGGCAGUGAUCUGCCACCCACUCACCCUUUUAAUUCUUCCUACACUCAACAGCUCCAGUUUUCUCUCCAUGCUGGCCAUCUGCUUCUGGUGGAUGAAUUCAUCAAGGUUCUUUUAACAAAAUUAGGUUGAUGGCAAUGCCAAGAGGUUCAUCCAGAAGCACUGAAGUGCUGACAAGAGAAGCAUCAAUAUAUUUUGGUUUAGAGACAUGAGCAUUUUUUUUCUCGUCAUAUUUUGAGGGGUAUAGACUCUGGGAACUCUGCUGAUGAUUUGGUUUCAGAUCUAUUACCAGCUCUGUGUGUGCAUCUGUUUAAAGGUGGCAUUCUCUCCUUGGCACACUGGCUUUGAGGUCAUUUGGAAUGAAUCCUGAUUGACUUCCCUUCCAUGACAAUGCAAAAAGGGCCUGCGCCUUUACCCAGAACGUCAACUGAGAAUGGUCCUACCACUCCGAUUUGGGGAACAACACUCAGUUGCUGUAAUCCGUUGAGUGGCUUUCGGGGCCCUGUGCCGAGUCAGUGCCUGGUCUGGGUCAGGACAAUUGGCUCUUUCGGCAAAGACAGGGCCCCAGACCAACUUGCUUUCUAGGAACCGCAUUGGCCCCUGCCUGUGAAGCUCCUGAAAUACCGCUGUUCUACAUCUUCCACCAGCGUCUGCCCUUCUCCAUGCGCCCACGGAGACGCUUCCCUGAUGUCAAAGUUACCACCAAAUUACUUUAUCUUGGGGUGAAUUAUGCCCCCAGGGUGAGGCUCAGUUGCCUUUCUUGUGGUCGAAAGGAUUGCUUGUGGGUCCUUAUAGGAGCCCAUUGAACAGACAGUGUGGGUGAUGGUGGGGUGCAGAUGUGAUAACACCCCACAAGGCAAAGAUGCGCCAGACCUUUCUAACCUCGCCAGCUCCCCUUGACCUUCCACCUGGUCUGUUUAUCCUGCUUCCUUUCCUGAGUGAUCUCAGAAGCCACAUUGCCUCCUUAUCCCCUAUUUCACCCGUGAGGGCAGAAUCCAUUACCUCCCCCUUUUCUCUCUGUCCCAGAAAUGGUAAGAAGGAUGGUCAGACUCCACACAGGACUAGGGUGACCAGCCACUCUGGUUUUAGCACUGAAGGUCCCACAUCCCAAGAAACCCAUUAGUAACCGACAAACUGGGCCAGUUGGUCACCCACCAAGGGGACCCUCCCAUGCUGAGGAUGAAGAAGCCUCCUCAGAGUUGCUUUCCUUUCUUCACUUUUUUUAAUGGUAAAGGCAGAGAUGCGUGAAAUUGGGGGUCCGUAGUUCUCCACGUGCUCCCUGAAUGUGGUUUCUGCUCUCCUUGAUUCACAAAGAACUUCCUAGGGAACGACUAAGACAGCGCUCACAAGAACCAGCUCACAGUGAGGAGGAAUAGGUUUAGUGCUUCCAGGCAACUGGUAAACUUUGUUUAACACCCUGAAGUCGGUAGGAUCUACUAUAACUGCCUAUGGGCGCACACAGAUACAUAAAUACAAUUGGAUUUCUUCCCUGCGAAAUGCUUCUUCUCCCAGGAGCUUAGCAAGCAUAUUUAUGUAUGUAACACUAGAGGCCCCUGAGCACGAAUUCGUGCACAGGUGGGUCCCUCAGCAUGGCCUGCGGGGAUUAGGCUGAAACUGGCAGUCCAAUGCCACCUGCUGCUCCACUCAUCCCGGCCCUGCUGCACCUGCCGCGGGCUGGCGCCCAGUCAGUCCUGAUCGGGAGAGGCUCACACCACAGCAGCAGUGCCAUUCUCCAGCUGAGCCCUGCAUCUGGCAUCU